UUUGCUACCUUCACGCUCCAUCUCUUUCUCUUACCUUCAACAAAAAACUCGCCGGAAAACUUACAAUCUCUCCAUUUCCCUCGAUUUUUUCUCUAGAAUCCACAUACGUUGAAAUGGAGACCAGUGGUAAGGUGAAAAAGGGUGCCGCCGGAAGGAAGGCAGGUGGUCCAAAGAAGAAGUCUGUCUCCAAGUCCGUCAAGGCUGGUCUUCAGUUCCCCGUCGGGAGAAUCGGCCGGCACAUCAAGAAUGGUCGUUACGCCAAGCGUGUCGGUAGCGGUGCUCCGAUUUACCUCGCCGCCGUUCUCGAGUACCUUGCUGCUGAGGUGUUGGAGUUGGCUGGAAAUGCUGCGAGAGACAACAAGAAGAAGAGAAUUAUACCAAGACAUGUUUUGUUGGCUGUGAGAAAUGAUGAAGAGCUUGGAAAGCUUCUGGCUGGUGUGACAAUUGCUCAUGGUGGUGUUCUUCCCAACAUUAACCCAGUUCUUUUGCCAAAGAAAUCUCUUGAGACUGCCACAAAGGAGCCCAAAUCUCCUGCUAAAGCAGCUAAAUCCCCAAAGAAAGCUUAGGCGUUGAAGAAAAUGUUCUCUCAUCGUCUCUUUGUAUUUAUUCACAUGUCGUUGGUGAUGUAGGAUAACUUCAAGUUUAAUCUGUUUUUAGGUAAUGUUUGGAAGUAUUGUAGUUUGCCGUGCUUAUGUUAGCUUCUAGGUUUGAAGAAGAAUCUCUCUUUUUCGAAAUGAAAUUAAUGGAUCUUUUGGAAUCUACUUAUCUAGAGUACUA